AUGCAGUUCACCAACUUCUUCGCGCUGCUGCUCAUCGCCGGCGGCACGCUGUGCUUCAUCGCCUACGCCAUCGACCAGUCGGACCCCACCAACCUGUACCUGGGGGUCGUGCUCGUCGGCGUGGUCAUCAUCACGGCCACCUUCAGCCACCUGCAGGAGUCCAAGUCCGCCAAGAUCAUGGAGGGCUUCAAGAGCCUGAUACCCAAGAAGUGCAAGUGCAUCCGCGACGGCGUGAUAGGCAUCGUGGACGCGGUGGAGCUGGUGCCCGGCGACGUCGUCAACCUGGGGGACGGCGACCAGGUCCCGGCGGACAUCCGCAUCAUCGCGGCCACGGACAUGAAGGUGGACAACUCGUCCCUGACAGGCGAGUCCGAGCCGCAGGAGCGCGACCCGAAGGUGCCCGAGAGGUCUCUGGACGAGAACGGACACCCGCGGCCGGUGCCGCCCAUCGAGGCAAGCAACCUGGUGUUCUACACGACGAUCAUCAGCGCGGGGUCGGGGCGGGGCGUGGUGGUGGGCACGGGGGACCACACGGUGAUGGGCCAGAUCGCGGGCUUGGCCACCGAGACCAGCUCCGAGGCCACGCCCAUCGCCAAGGAGAUCAAGAAGUUCAUCCAGCUCAUCUCCGCGGUGGCCAUCAGCCUGGGCCUGGUCUUCUUUAUCAUUGGCCUGGCGCUGGGCACCAACGUGAUCAAGAACGUGGUCUUCGCCAUCGGCAUCAUCGUUGCCAACGUGCCCGAGGGCCUGCUGGCCACGGUGACGGUGUCCCUGGCGCUCACCGCCAAGCGCAUGCACGUCAAGAACGUGCUGGUCAAGAACCUGGAGGCCGUGGAGACGCUGGGGUCGACGACGAUCAUCGCCAGCGACAAGACUGGCACCUUGACGCAGAACAGGAUGACGGUGCAGCACUGCUGGUACAACGGCCAGGUGUUCAGGACGCCCGCAGCGCGCAACAAGCCCCAGCUGGCGGCCGCGUUCCAGAUGGGCGCCGGCAACGAGAAGUACUGCGACCCCAAUGACCCCACGUUCAAGCACCUGCAAAUGGUGGCGACGCUGUGCAACAACUCGUCAUUCAUCACGAAAGACCAAUACGACGACAGCAAGCCACCGAUAGACAUCUUGACAGAACAGGAAAAGCCAGACUUCAACCUGUUAGGCCUGGAUUGCACGGGAGACGCCUCCGAGUCCGGACUCAUAAAAUCCAUGCAGCUGCUGCGCGACAUCGAGGAGUUUCGCCGCGCGAACCCCAAGAUUUUCGAGAUCAAGUUCAAUUCGAUGAACAAGUGGGCGCUGUCCAUCCACAAGCCCGAAGACGCGUCGAAGCCCUACCCCUUCCUGGCGCUGAAGGGCGCCCCUGAGAGGGUGCUGAAGAUGUGCAAGUACAUCAUGGUCGACGGGCAGGAGGUACCCCUGGACGAGGAGUGGGAGCGGCGCUACACGGAGGCGUACGAGGGGCUGGGCGGCAUGGGCGAGCGCGUGCUGGGCUUCGCCUUCAAGAACAUGAAGCAGUGCGGCUUCGACUUCGAGUUCAGCUCCAAGCCCGAGCCCAACUUUGCCGUCGACGACCUAACGUUCGCUGGCCUGCUGGCGCUGAUCGACCCCCCGCGGGAGGGCGUGCCGGAGGCGGUGACCCGCUGCAAACAUGCGCGCAUCAAGGUGUUCAUGGUGACGGGCGACCACCCCAUAACCGCCCAGGCCAUCGCCAAGCAGGUGGGCAUCAUCGACCAGGCCACGUGGGACGCGGGCCAGGCCACGGUCGUCAAGGGGGACACCAUCCGCGAGUGGAUGGAGAUCAAGGACCCGGCGGCGAGGCAGGCCAAAUGGGACGAGGCGCUGAGCCACAAGCAGAUCGUGUGGGCGCGCGUGUCCCCCGCACACAAGCUGCUCAUCGUGGAGAACUCCCAGCGGCUGGGGGAGGUGGUGGCGGUGACGGGCGACGGCGUGAACGACGCCCCAGCUCUGAAGAAGGGAGACAUCGGCGUGGCGAUGGGCAUCGCGGGCAAGGACGUCUCCAAGGAGGCCGCCGACAUGAUCCUCAUGGACGACAACUUCGCCUCCAUUGUCAACGGCGUGGAGGAGGGACGGCUCAUCUUCGACAACCUGAAGAAGUCCAUAGCCUACACGCUGACGUCCAACAUCCCCGAGAUCGCGCCCUUCCUGUGCUUCAUCACCAUCAGCAUUCCGCUGCCGCUGUCCACGGUGCUCAUCCUGUGCGUGGACCUGGGCACGGACAUGAUCCCGGCCAUCUCCCUGGCGUACGAGCUGAAGGAGUCGGACAUCAUGGACAGGCCCCCGCGGAACUCGGCCACGGACAGGCUGGUCAACCGGCGGCUCAUAUCCUUCGCCUACUUUCAGAUCGGCGUCAUGCAGGCCCUGGCGGGAUUUUUCACGUACAUGGUGGUCCUCAACGACUACGGAUACGCCCCGCGGAUCCUCAUGGGCAACGGUCUCAACUGGUCGGAUCGGUCCCUCAUGUGCACACUGAAUGACAACCUGCGCGCCGAAGACUGCGGCUACGGCUGCGAGGAGCCGAAGAAAGAAGUCGACGGGACGAAGACGCUGUACGGCCAGUGGAAGGACGACAACGACUUAGAGUUCUGCGGCCAGGGCUGUCAGAUUCCGUUCCCCGGCACGUCAGACCCGUUUGUGGAGUUCACGGACAAGGGGUUUCGGGGUUUCGCCUUUGGCACGGAGGCCGUGUGCGGCCGCACUUGCGCCUGGUUCAACGGCCUGUCCGACAGCGACAAGUCGACGCUGCGGGCCGCCAGGAACACGGACUCCGAGCUGGCGCUGAUCCUCACAGAUGAAGACGAAAGGUUGUUCCAGCACUACUGCGAUUUUGGCGAAGGCGCGGCCGUGGAGUACGGGUUCCCGAAGCGAGGGGCGUUCGACUCCAACGCCAAGGCGCCGUUCAAGUCGUUCUACUGGUGGAACGGGGAGCAGCAGCUGUGGCCCAACACGAAGUACCAGGACAACGCGCUGGCGUACGCGCAGAGCGCGUACUUCAUCUCCAUCAUCGUGGUGCAGUGGGCGGACCUGCUGAUCGCCAAGACGCGCAAGCUGUCCGUCUUCGAGCAGGGCAUGAAGAACGGCUUCAUGAACUUCGGCAUCGCAUUCGAGACGGUGCUGGGCCUACUGCUGUCCUACGUGCCCCCCUUCAACCUGGUGUUUGGCACCCGGCCCAUUCACAUCCUGCAUUGGUUCACGGGCGUGCCCUGGAGCAUCCUCAUAUUCGUGUAUGACGAGGUGAGGAAGUUCAUCAUGCGCAGUAGCCCCAAGGGUUGGAUGGAGAAUUUCACCUACUGGUGA